AAAAAAAAAAAAAAAAAAAAAAAAACGAUUUUAUUUUGGCAUCCUUCAUCGUAAACUAUAUCAACUUUUUUUUUCUCCUUUUUCCCUGUUUUUGUUCUAUACUAAUUAUCGUAUAUAUCCCAUCCGUUUACCUUUACACAUACUUCAAUUAAAAACAUCUACUAUAAUCAUUGAUCGAUCAGCAAAAGCAAUAAACCAUGGAUUACAAUAACUUAUUUGAUGUUCGAAAUAAAAUUGUUUUAGUCACAGGUGGAUCUAGAGGUAUUGGUGAGAUGAUCGCAACGGGUUUUGUAUCUGCAGGCGCCAAAAUUUACAUUACCAGUCGUUCUGCUGAUGUGUGUUACAAAGUUGCUAAAGAAUUGACAGAAAAAGGGCCAGGUGAAUGUAUAGCUAUACCAGCAGAUCUUCAAAGCUUCGAUGAAAUUAAAAGAUUAGUGGAAGAGUUAAGCAAGAGAGAAGAUCAUCUUGAUGUAUUGAUAAAUAACGCAGGUGCUAACUGGAACGAGACAAUCGAUAGUUACCCUGAUAAAGCGUUCGAAAAGGUCGUAAAUCUGAACUUAAAGCGUAUCUUUACAUUGACCCAAGCAUGUCUUCCCCUUUUAACAGCAAAGGCAAGCUUAGAAAAUACUUCAAGCGUCAUCAAUAUUGGUUCGAUAGACGGUAUACGCGCGCCGCCUCAAGAAACCUAUGCUUAUUCUGCUUCAAAAGGUGGUCUUCAUCAUAUGUCACGUCAUAUGGCCGGUAAGUUAGGAUACCGAGGCGUUCGCGUCAAUGUUAUUGCACCAGGUGCCUUUCAAUCUAAAAUGAUGAAGGCAACUCUUGAAAAAUAUGGCGAUCAAAUUGUAUCGAGACUGGGUGUGAAGCGUAUUGGCUCGCCUGAAGAUAUUGCAGGAACAUGUAUAUACUUGGCUUCUCGUGCCGGUCAAUAUACCAAUGGUACCACUAUCACAGUAGAUGGUGGUGCAGUCGUCACAGUUGCACAUAUGUAAAUAUAAUGCACUGUGACCUGUAUUUAUUACUGUAUGAUGGAUAUUGUGCCUAAUGUAAGUCACAGUAACAUAUCUGAUCUCAUAUUUGAGACAUAGCAAAGUCAUUCCUUCAUAUAAUAAGAUGUAUGAGCCAUAACUUACUUGUAGAUGGUCUUCCCAUCAAUUUCUUGAAGUAUAAUACAAACAUUCUAGCACUUAAUCACCGGCAUGAUUACAAUUAUCGAUAUAGCCAACUGAAGUUAGUAUGUUGUUUUUCUUCAGCUUCUUGUAUGUGCCGGUGACGAUUAAACUACGAUAAUAAAAUAACAGAACUUUUCCGAAUAGAG